GCUUCCUGGGAGCACACACAUCCUGAAGGAAGGAAGAAUUAGGACAUAAAGUGCUGUGGAGGAAGGUCCACCCCGAAUGAACCAUGAUGGCACCUGACUUGCUUCCCACCAGACUUGUGUCUGAGGUUUUGAGCCUAAACAAGCACAGAAAGCAGUGGGGCCGCAGUACCUGGCUUGGGACCUCUGAUGUCAGGAAACAAAACAGGGACACAAGUAUCCAUCCCCUCACUUCAAGGGCUCGGCCAGAGAAGGCGUGGUGGCACCCUGCAGGAGAAACCUCUGGGCCAGCACUGGAACACCCUCAGAGUCUCCCACUCAGACUGUGGUUAUCUUUGGAUAAGUAAAAUUCUGGCCACCCAUGGGACACAGUCAUCAAGGCUGCUAUGAGAAAGUACCCAAAUCCGAUGAACCCCUGUGUCGUGGGAGUCGACGUGCUGGAGCGCAGUGUGGACUGCUGUGGCCGGCUUCACAGCCACCGCCUCCUCAGCACUGAGUGGGGGCUGCCUGGCCUCGUGAGAGCGAUUUUGGGAACCAGUAGGACUUUGACAUACAUCAAAGAACAUUCUGUUGUGGAUCCAAUGGAAAAGAAAAUGGAACUUUGUUCCACCAAUAUCACACUCACAAACCUUGUGUCGGUGAAUGAGAGGUUGGUGUACACACCCCAUCCGGAGAACCCUGAAAUGACGGUGCUCAUACAAGAAGCCACCAUAACUGUGAAGGGGAUCAGCCUUGGCAGCUAUCUGGAAAGUUUAAUGGCCAACACAAUAUCAUCCAAUGCAAAGAAGACGCCUCACCCAAAACACCAGAGGAAAGAAAGAAAGGAAGAAAGAAGCGAGUCCUGAUAUGGUUCAACAGCCCAGUCUGGGAGAGGUGUGGAAUCUGCUGGAAUCUGGAGCCUGCCUUCUCAUAGCCUCCACCAAGCUCCUCCGUGGCGACCACAGGACAGGAGGUGUGC